AUGGGGUCGAGUACACACGGUGUCAGGGCUAUGACACUCCAGGUGGUUCCGAGGAUCAUCCGGCGACGACGAUGCUCUGAGCUGCACUUGCGCUUUCCCCAGCCAUCGACGAUCGGUAGUAGAGAUGGCUCUGAUGCCACAGACAAGUCAUGCCACACAGGCUUGGCACGCCGAUCUCUCGCUCCGGAGUUGGUUCCGCUCUUUCAAUGUUUCUCCCCGCAGAAGUCCUCAAGAACAAUGCCGAAUACGACCGCUUAG